AUGUCUGUAGAUGCCUCCAACAACAUCAACGACAAAGAGGCUGCCAGAGACUGGCAGUCCGGGAAGUCGCAAUAUCCUAAUUUAGAUGUCCUCAUCCAACCAGACGCUUACAUGCUAGCACGGCUUCCUCCGACAGCUCGUGUUACGCCAACAAUACUCGAGCGGCUCAGCAAGCCUGUCGAUCCAAAAGAUACAGAGUGUUUCUUCUGCACUGUCUCUCGAACGCAGCGAGAACUGAGUUUCCUUGUCUCUACAUCGGCAAAGCACAGCUGGGAAGAUCUGGAAGCUGAGCUCAAUCCAAACGGCAACAAGGCUGAAUCAGAUGGUUUUGGUGUCAAUGGACCGUGGCGAGCGUUCCACAUUCGAGGACCGAUGGAGUUUCGCCUGGUUGGAGUGCUUCUCGAGUUGAGCAAGUGUCUUGCAGCUCCUUCUAUCUCGAUCUUUGCCGUAUCCACUUGGGACAGAGACUACAUCUGUGUGAAGGGUGGGAACUUUAGCAAUGCAUGUCAAGCGCUGAAGGACGAUGGUUGA